GUCGAUGUCUCGGACAUCAUCGCGCGCAGCGUGCCGAUGGGGACACCGGCGCGUGCAGUGUCCGUCUUUGGGCUCUACCACUCGUGCCUCUCGCUGUAUCGGUGUCCGCUGGUCAAGAUGCCACCCGGUGCGUCCUUCGCGCCCGUUCUUGUCGCGAGCGAAGAAAUGCACAUGGUGAUGAUCUACAACACAUCGGCCAACUUCAACCUCACGUUGACGUACCCGGCUCUCAACGUGACCGUGGACAUCAACAGCGCCACCAUGUCAUUCGAUUUUGGCUUCAUGUCGUCGUUUGACGCCACGUAUGCGCUGGCGUCGCAGUGGAACGCAUCGAUGAAGCCGACAGCGUAUCUCGACUGUUCGAAUACGGUGCCGUGCUACUUGACGUUACACUUUCCGCACUCGAUUCUGCCGCUGUCGCUACCAGACAUCGCCUCAAACGGGACCUCUUACUAUACGUACAAGCAGACGGCGUCGAAAGUACUCCAGCUCAUCCCUGCCAAUACCACGGUGCAGGACUCGAACGUUGAGAUUGUCCAGAGCCCGGCGUGCAACCGCUGCCUACAGCACAUUGCGGCGUGCAACCUCAGCCCGUUCGGUUGCCAUGCUGUGCAGUGGUGUGUGGAGAAUGGCAAAGCGACGCAGCAAGUGCAGAACGGACCCUUCUCCCCCGCGACCGCCGGGCUCUACACUACGCAAAGUUUGGACGUCUCGUCAUGUCUGACGAAUAUGUCACUGGCGGCGGCGGCCCCAUACCUCGCUGCGUCGAGUUGUUUUGUGGCCAACAAGUGUCCGGUGGGAGCGACGUGGAGUCAGAUCAUGGCCGAUCGGAGUCUCGUGACCGCAGUGACGCCGGGCUUCCAGAAGAUUCUCGUCUCGGGGUCCCUCACAGCCUACGUGAGCCUCGAAUUUCAUCUCCUCGGCGCCUUCCUUGGUCGUAUCGACUACAUUUCGCUCUACUCGUCGUCGUCCGUGCUCGCGAGCCAGCUCCAAGCAAUGUUCAAAUCUUUUGGCACCGUCGAUGUCUGGAUCUCUCAAGAAACCAACACGAUGUGGUACAUCCUGCUAUCGUACUACAACUACAUCGGACCGCUGCCGACGAUCACGAUUGCCACGUCGGCGUCCGUGACAGCGUCUCUUGUCAAUACACAGCACCCGUCGCAAUACUACCAGGUCGUGCCGCUCAGUGGCGCCAAGUUCGGGUUCCCGUACCAAGCCAACGGUGCGGCACCGACACCGGCCCCGAUGACCACGUCGCCGACGCCGCUGCCCAUGUAUGGCUCUAUCGUGUUUCCGUCGGGGUAAAUAUCACUAGUACAUGUAUUACCUCUGUGCCAAGA